AUGAAAAUUCCAUCAACAACAACUGUUGCUCUUGUAGGCGCAUCAGGGUGUGGAAAAAGUACAAUUAUUCAACUACUUCAAAGUUUCUAUGAUCCUGAGCACGGUAAAAUAUUGCUUGAUGGUCGUGAUAUUCGUACACUGAAAGUUGCUUGGCUGCAGUCACAUGUCGGUAUUGUUUCACAAGAACCUGCUUUGUUCACUGGAUCAAUUGAAGAAAACAUCAGAUUUGGAAAGAUGGAUGCUUCGCAUAAUGAAGGCAUUACAGCAGCGAAAAUGGCCAACGCUCUUGACUUUAUAAUGAAACUACCUGAAAAUCACAAGACAACAUCGAGUGGCCAGCUAUCAGGCGGACAACAACAGCGAGGCGUUUUCUGGAAUGCUCCAAGGAGUCGAUAUUUUUGUGCACCAAAAGUCAUGAACCACGGAGGUGGUGGUGGUUUAAGGGUUAAGUCCUACUAG